UCAUCAUAUGGUAGUUUACGUGCAGUCGUGUACAGUGUAAAUUGUUGACAAGUUGUUAAAGAAGUAUGCAGUUUUUUUGCCAAACAAUUGUCCAAAUUUAACCGUGACCUUUUGGACGUAGGGGUCAUUAGAUAGAACGCGCUUCUAUCGAUAGAAAACGUAUUUAAAGUAUUAAUAAAUUUAAUAUUAUGAAUCGGUUUGAUGAUUCUACUUUUCUGAGAGCAAGAAUGAAUGGAGUACCAGAGACUGAAGACCAGCAACGCAUGCGCUUUCAAAUUGAACUGGAAUUUGUGCAAUGUUUAGCAAAUCCUAACUAUCUCAAUUUCUUAGCUCAACGUGGUUACUUUAAGGACUCAAGCUUUAUCAAUUACCUUAAAUACUUGCUGUACUGGAAGGAACCAGAAUAUGCCAAAUACCUCAAAUAUCCUAUGUGCUUGUAUUUUCUGGAUUUGUUACAAUAUGAACACUUCCGCAGAGAAGUGGUAAAUUCACAAUGCACUAAAUUCAUUGACGAUCAACAAAUUCUUCUGUGGCAACAUUAUACAAGAAGGCGAACAAGACUCUUACAGACUGCUGCUGAACAAGUGCAACAGCAACCACAACAUACACCUCAACAGAACAAUGGUAUCGCACAGCCAAAAGUUCUUUAAGAUUUGAAACAAUGACAUUUGUUAAUGUGAUUUUCAUUUAGUAUAGUAGAUAAUUUAAGAGUAAACAAAAGAGUAAUUAUUAUUCUAUUACUAAAUUACUUCGUUCCUAAGGAUCAGUGGUUAAUUAUGAUCACUAGAUUCUUCUGUGAUAAUUUAUGAAUAAAACAAUUUUUAUAUUUAACAAGA